ACAAACAUUAAGGUCGCAUGAUCCAGGGUAGAUGCUAUGCAAGGGAAUGUUGUUGGACUAGUGGAGUCUGUUUUAGUUAAGUUUAAAGAUGAAAUGCUUGCAUGUGUUAAGGAUAUGGUGUCUGCACUGUGUAAAGAGCAAGUUGUUGAUCGUAAUGGGACACACCAUAUUCCUACUCCUGGUGUGGAUGAAGUCUCUGUUCCUGCAAACCAUACCAGCCAUAAUCCUGAUGCAAAUGCCAAUACUAUCCGAAACGUGUUGUGUAACGAUGAGACUUUUACCCCAAGAAAGGAAGACGAUGUGGGUUCUAGAUAUGUCCCUUUUGAUCCAGUUUCUGAUACAUGUGCACCAUCAGCUCAUAGCGAGACUAGUACGAGGAAAAAUGCUUUCCAGCGAAGUUUGGGAAAUGGGGCACAGCAUAGACAACCACUUAUGAUUACGGAUGAACCGACCUUCUCGCUUGGUCUUACCCAAGAAGAGCAGAUUCAGCCUGAUGCUCAUGUUAUGGCUACGGAGGUUGGUCGAGGGGAACCCAUGUCUGACAACAAUGGUGAUGACAAUAUAGAAGAAGGUCAAGGAUCACUGAAAAGUAAGAAGCAGAAGACGGUGCCAUCAGGUCUUCUUGAUGAUUACUAAUGCGGGCCCCAUUUACUGUCCCGGUUGAGAGACUCGCAGAAGUUUAUUUUUGGUUUACAAGAUAGAAGUGAAAUGACCAGGAAAUAUGCCAAAAUCACAACCAAAGUAAAGGCGAAAUUGUAAGUUGUUACAUUUAUUUAUCUUUUUUGUCUGUCAGUACAAUUGCCAUAUAUGAGAUUAUUUGUAUUAAGUAUGAACUAUAUGGUUCUACCUGUGUAUUUAAUCUUGCUGGCGUAGCAGUCUAUCCCAAGGACAUUGUGAACAUUGUUGAGAGACCACGCAUGUUUUCUGCAAAGCUAUGAACGCCUAAUCCAGUUUAUUUGUAUUUUAGUUAAUAUGUUUAUCUAAUAUGUCGUUAUUUCCCUCCAUAACAGGUUGUUGAUAUUCUAAUUCGCGUUUUACUAUCCUUCAGCAGUUGCCAACUGAAGGGGCCCAGAGUUCUGAAUUUCUUGAUACCAAAUUUGUCUCCGGAGUUAUCAAGACGUAUCCCAAGUUUCUGAAGAGUAAGAAAAAAGAGACUUUCAUUUUCCCUAAGGUUUUAAGGGACGUUUUCCCCACAAAAGAUACUCAAAAGGGCCACCCUAGAAGGUAUUCCUUUCCAUUUAAUAUCGCCAAUAAACAUUGGGUUGGUCUUUGCUUCGAUGCUGCUUGUGGGAUUGUCACUGUUCUAGAUUGUCUUACGGCAAAGUUCAAGGAUGCGUCACUGGAUAAAUAUUUAACGCCUAUCGUCUAGAUGUUACCUUAUGUUGCUAGAUUUGCAUGUCUACCUAUAGGAGCGGAUCCUGUAAUCCAGUGUUUUGAUGUUGCUAUGCCGAAAUCAAUCCAUCAGCAUAAAAACCCUUCUGAUUGGGGAUUGAUGGCUGUUUUGUUAAUGGCCACCCAUGCUCUAUAUGGUAUCGAGGUGUGUAAGAAUAUCAAUAAUGACAUUCUCGAAGAAGAAGGGAAGCGUGCAGCGAUAUUGGCGUAUGAGUUCUAUGAGAAGCUGUAGGUUAUGGUUAC